UCCAAUGAAAUAAUGUGUUUCAUCAGACACUUAGAAAUAGUUUUAUGAAAAUAAAUAUUUUUGGACAUGAAUAGUAGGUAUAUAUUUAUGGAUUAAAACAUAAAGCAACAUAAAGGAGGGAGUUUGUGAAUAGAAUUUGGUAUGGCAUGAUAGCGAUUCCACGCCGAGUCCCCCACCCACUCCAGAUUACUCAUUCAUGCCUCGCUACAAUUUCAAAACUCCAGUCAGACCUCAGACUCACAGGUCCCACCUCUCUCUCUCUCACCGAGAUUCGCGCAUAAAAGCAGCAACUCGCAAAAAGAGAGCGCAGCACGCCAACACAGAUUUCCCAAAUCGAUUGGCAUGUAACCCCCCCCACUGAGCUGCGACCAUAACCCAAAACCCAAACAAGGAUCACAUUAUGGAGGAGAGACCAGAAACGGAGUUGAUAUCCAUACCGGCGACGCCACGCGCCUCGACGCCGGAGAUACUGACUCCGUCGGGGCAGAGGUCGCCGCGGAAGGAGGCAGGGGUGAGCACCGCCAAGUCGUGGACCCCGACGUCCUUCAUUUCCCCCCGGUUCCUCAGCCCCAUCGGCACCCCCAUGAAGAGGGUGCUGGUAAACAUGAAAGGCUAUUUGGAGGAGGUCGGCCACCUCACCAAGCUCAACCCCCAAGACGCCUGGCUCCCCAUCACCGAGUCGCGCAACGGCAACGCCCAUUACGCCGCUUUCCACAACCUCAACGCCGGCGUCGGCUUCCAGGCCUUGCUGCUUCCCGUCGCCUUCUCUUUUCUCGGAUGGAGUUGGGGGAUAAUAUCGUUGAUCAUAGCCUACUUCUGGCAAUUAUACACGUUGUGGAUACUUGUUCAGCUGCACGAAGCAGUUCCAGGAAAAAGAUAUAACCGAUAUGUAGAACUAGCUCAAGCAGCGUUUGGGGAGCGGUUAGGUGUCUGGCUUGCUCUAUUUCCAACCGUUUACCUUUCAGCUGGGACUGCAACUGCUCUAAUUCUGGUUGGAGGAGAGACCAUGAAAUUAUUCUUCCAGAUCGUGUGUGGUCCACUGUGUUCCUCGAAUCCUCUGACAACGGUUGAGUGGUAUCUGGUAUUCACAUCUCUGUGCAUCGUGUUAUCCCAACUCCCAAAUCUCAACUCCAUUGCAGGGCUCUCACUUGUAGGCGCUGUCACGGCAAUUACAUACUGCACCAUGGUGUGGGUGCAAUCUGUUAGCCAAAAACGACCCCCCUCCAUGUCAUAUGAACCAAUCUCAAUGCCUACCUUAACAGCUUCCUUUUUUUCUGUCCUCAAUGCACUUGGAAUCAUAGCAUUUGCUUUCCGAGGCCACAACUUAGUCCUGGAAAUUCAGGCAACAAUGCCGUCAACCUUCAAGAAACCAGCUCAUGUGCCAAUGUGGAGAGGAGCAAAGGUUGCCUAUGUCUUCAUAGCUAUGUGCAUAUUUCCUGUUGCAAUUGGAGGUUAUUGGGCUUACGGAAAUCUCAUGCCUUCUGGAGGAAUUCUAAAUGCACUGUUUGGAUUCCACAGUCACGACAUUCCUAGGGGCCUUCUCGCUGUAACGUUCCUUCUUGUUGUCUUCAACUGUUUGAGUAGCUUCCAGAUCUACUCGAUGCCAGUAUUUGACAGCUUUGAAGCAGGUUAUACGAGCAGGACUAACCGACCAUGCUCAAUCUGGGUCCGGUCUGGUUUCAGAGUGUUCUACGGGUUUGUCAACUUAUUCAUAGGCGUUGCACUCCCGUUUUUGUCGAGCCUUGCUGGUUUACUAGGAGGACUUACUCUUCCAGUCACGUUUGCGUACCCGUGUUUCAUGUGGGUUCUCAUAAAAAAGCCAGCCAAAUACAGCUUCAACUGGUAUUGUAACUGGAUUCUUGGAUGGUUGGGUAUCGCCUUUAGCUUGGCCUUUUCAAUCGGUGGCAUUUGGAGCAUGGUCAACAGUGGCCUCAAGCUCAAGUUUUUCAAACCAAACUGAUGGUUGAGAAGAGAUGCUACCCUAUCUUCUCUAAGGUAUUUGGAGUUUAUAUGAUGGAUGUUAUCGUAAUGUUUUGAUCCUAAUGAAUGUAAGCUUCCCAGGUUUGAGUUGAGAGAAACUUGUGUGAUAUUUCUGUCAGAAUUUAUGGUUUUCAAGUGGAAAUUAAUAUCGCGUUUUCCGUUUA